AUGGCUCGGCUGGUUAUUGGUUAUGGCGGCUCAGCUGCUGCAGCUUUCGGCUAUCUGUAUGCAUUUGUAUGGAUCACCAUUCAUCUCCUCGCUGCCUCUCAAGGCGCGCCGGACGAAUCAUCAUCCCACCGGGCCGAAUACCGCUACCCGUUCGUCGGGCCCGCCAGCUCGUUCUCGCCCCCGUCGUCCUCCUCCGCCGCAUCCCCCGGCGAAGAAUCGGCCUACGACUACAUAAUAGUGGGCGGGGGGACGGCGGGGUGCCCCCUCGCGGCCACGCUGUCGAGGAACUACACCGUCCUGGUGCUGGAGAGAGGCGGGGCCCCGUUCGCGAACCCGAACGUGACGUUCAUGGAGAACUUCCACAUCUCGCUGGCCGACAUCUCGCCGACGUCGGCGUCGCAGAUGUUCAUCUCCACCGACGGCGUCUUCAAUUCGAGGGCUAGGGUUCUCGGCGGCGGGACCUGCAUCAAUGCCGGGUUUUACACCCGGGCAAGCGCGAGUUUCAUCAAGAAAGUCGGCUGGGAUGCCAAGCUUGUGAAUGAAUCAUACCCGUGGAUCGAAAAGCAAAUCGUGUUUCAACCACAGCCCUCGCUAUGGCAAAAGGCCGUGAGGGAUGGCCUGUUGGAAGCCGGGGUUUCGCCUUUCAAUGGGUUCACUUACGAUCACAAGUAUGGCACUAAAGUCGGAGGCACCAUUUUCGACAGAUUCGGCCGCCGCCACACGGCUGCCGAGCUUCUUGCCUCUGCCAAUCCCGAGAAAAUCGAUGUCUUGGUGCAUGCUACUGUUCAGAAAAUCGAGUUUGACACCACGGGGGAAAGACCCAAAGCAACUGGUGUCAUAUUCAAGGAUGAAAAGGGGAUUAUACACAGGGCAACUCUCUCAAAGGGGCCCAAAAGCGAGAUUAUUGUCUCGAGUGGCGCCAUAGGGAGCCCGCAACUACUCCUGCUGAGUGGGAUAGGCCCAAAAGCCGAGCUCGAGAAGCUCAACAUCUCUGUGGUUCUUGAUAAUGAGUUUGUUGGGAAGGAUGUGGCUGACAACCCUCUGAACACAAUUUAUGUGCCCACCAAUGGGCCCGUCAAGCAGUCGCUUAUAGCCACUGUGGGGAUCACUAAGAAGGGUGUCUAUAUUGAGGCGAGCAGUGGGUUUGGGCAGUCUUCGGAUAGUAUUCGUUGGGAUCAUGGUAUUGCUUCAGCUGAGAUAGGCCAGCUGUCAACCAUCCCUCCGAAGCAGAGAACUCACGAGGCCAUCCAUCAUUUCCGGCGGUCCAAACGCAGCCUUCCCCAUGAGGCCUUCUUCGGCGGCUUCAUCCUCGAGAAAGUCGCGAUGCCUCUCUCCAAGGGACAAAUUAGCCUCCACAACACAAACAUUGACGACAACCCACGCAUCACGUUCAACUACUUCUCCCACCCUGCUGACGUGGCACGUUGUGUGGACGGCAUCCGCAUCAUCGAGAGAAUCGUGCGGUCCAAACACUUUGCUAACCUCACGACCAUCGAUCGGGAGACGAACGAGAGGCUUCUCAACAUGAGCGUGCGUGCGAAUGUGAACCUCUUGCCCAAGCACACAAACGACACCCGGUCCUUGGAACAGUUUUGCAAGGACACGGUUAUCACCAUCUGGCACUACCAUGGGGGGUGCCACGUGGGCAGGGUGGUGGGCCCGGAUUAUAGGGUCUUUGGUGUCGGGAGCCUGCGGGUCGUGGAUGGAUCCACAUUUUACGACUCGCCAGGGACCAAUCCGCAGGCCACGGUCAUGAUGAUGGGCAGGUAUAUGGGGGUGAAGAUAUUGAGGGAGAGACUAGGCAAAGCAGCUGGGGUCCGUGGUGGAGUGGCCGCGGGUGGACGUUCGUCUGCUCUCUGCAAUGGCAGCUAUAACAACAAUACCUUGGUGAUAUCGAACGGACAACAACAGCGUCACAUGGGGAUGCCGACGAAAGGAAACCGACGGACAUCAGCGGCGGCGCUCUGCAAAAUUCAUUGUUUCUGCUGGCAACGAAGGAAGGCAGUGGCGACUGUCUAA